AGUAACAUUUAACCAGCCUUCCUUACAUUCAUCGGUUGUCAAAGUAAACAUGAAGAAUUAAGUGUGUUGCCUCAUUACAUUAGUGCUUAGACAAUUUUAUAGCGAUAACGGGAUCGGUUAGAAAUGAGUAAUCAUCACAAUAAUGGUGCUAGAGCCGGCGAGACUGAACAAAUGGCGCCUUCCCAAUGCCUGAAGGUGUUCAUCCAGAGGGAUUACAGUGAAGGCACUGUAGUCAAGUUUCAGAAUAGAUUUCCACCAGAACUAGAUGGAAAACUAGACAGACAAGACUUUGAAUAUACUAUUAACAAACUGAACGAACUGUUCAUGGAAGCUGAGAAGGCAUCUUGUGCAGCUUACUGUGAGGGUUGUUUGGCAUGCAUCACUGCUUACUUUAUUUAUAUUUGUAAGGAAACACAUUAUGAGAAAUGUUUGAGGAAAGUAUCAAAAUUUAUUGCUGAACAAAAUGAGAGAGUUUAUCAUCCCAGAGGACUGAUUGUGACAGAUCCGAGUUUGCGCGGACUCCGAGUGUUAGAAAUUAGCUGCUUAGAUCGACCGCCAAACGCAUGACUCACCUUGUCACACUCCACUCAGGAGUUUUUCAUGUAGCAUGCAAGAAACUUGCACAAUUGUGCAUAAUGACUUAUAUGAUUGCAUUUCAUUUAUCAUAUUCAUGUCCUUCACUGGUUACUACCCAAAAUUGAUGAAUUACCGGAGUAAUUGCGAUUUAUUACAGUAAAAAUCUACAUAACAAUCAAGGACGAAACGAGAAGAAACGAUAUUUUAUACUGUAUUUAUAUUUGCAUUUAGUCUAAGAUAAAAUAUUGUGAUUAAUCAGAGGUUUAUGUUCAUGUUUUGAAAGUCUUAAUACGUUUUCGUCUUGUAUGUAUUUUCAUUUCAAAUAAUUUACUAAUAAAUCUGACUUCCUAUAUAUUUAAAUUAAGAGAAUUUAAAGAAUAAAAGAUGUAAUUACUAAAAAAAGUAUCUUAACACUUUGGUCUGGUUGAAAAUAUAUGUUGUUAUCAAUGUGAUGUGUUAUCAAAUGAAUUGUGGUGGUGAGAAAAAUUACGAAGACUUUUUUAUAUAUGUAAAGUGUAAAUAAAUAUGUUCAUGUAUAUCA